GGCACAUUCACAUCACUCGCGAAGGGUAGCCUGGCUUUUAUCCCAAGGGGCGUUGAUCGAGCUCGCUACCUAGCUGGUUUUCACACAGUCACAAGUUCCUUUAUCUUCUAUAUUCCACUGUAGAGGCUGUUAGAUUUCUUGGGAUUCAAGCGUACGCUGAGGCCAAUCACGUUGUUGGUGUCAAGUCUUGCGGCGCCAAGAUCUACUUUGUUUCCCUUUUUUGGGUCAGUUGUUGCUAAAGUCAGUGCGCAUUGAUAGCGCCUGACUAUAAAACACCAAUUUUUGGACAUUACGACUUUUCCUCAGUUCACGCAUAGCAGACUGAGCGACAACAUCGCUAGUCCUCCAUUUCGUCUUAUAGGUUGUGCAAUUUCUGCUUGAUUUCUGCUCAGCGUGCCUUUUUGCCGAUCAAUCAUAUGGCAUGUGGCUGUUCAUUUAUAUACAUAAAGCAAAGACGUUCCCUCCAUUCCCUCCUUUCCUUCAAAAAUGCGCAUCUUUUCCCUUUUCAAGUCGUUGCUGCUCAUCGCUGGGGCUGUCAUUCCAUGGCGGGUAGCGGCGGGCGAAGGUCCCAGCGAUGUCAUAGACCUUACUUCAGCUAACUUUGGCGCUGAGACGCAGAAAGCUGGCCCUUUACUGGUCGAGUUCUUUGCGCCGUGGUGUGGCCAUUGUAAAGCGCUCGCUCCUCACUAUGAGGAAGCUGCAACAGCUUUGAAGGAGAAGAACAUCACGUUGGCGAAGGUCGAUUGCGUUGACCAGGCGGACCUUUGCUCAGAAAGUGAUAUACUAGGUUACCCAACGCUGAAGAUCUACAGAAAGGGGAAACCGACAGAAUAUAGAGGGCCUCGCCAAGCCGGUGACAUCAUCAGUUACAUGACCAAACAAUCUCUCCCGGCCGUCUCGACUGUUGCCUCUGAGAAUCUCGAAGAGUUCAGGGUCGCUGAUAAGGUCGUUGUGCUUGCGUAUGCUACUUCUACCGAAGAAGCCCCCAUUCCUGCCUUCUCUUCCGUUGCUGAGACCUACCGUGACGAUUACCUGUUCGGUUUAACGACCGAUGAGGUGGCCAUCAAAGAGGCUGGCGUCACCCCACCUGCUAUCGUUCUUUACAAAAAGUUCGAUGAGGGUCGCAACGACUUCCCUUCCGAGAAAAUCGCCUCCACCGACAUCGCUUCUCUAGCCGACUGGAUCAGAUCCAAUGCUGUUCCUCUCAUUGACGAGAUGUCUGGAGAGAACUACCACCUUUCUGCAACAUCUCGCCUCCCACUUGCUUAUAUCUUCAUUGAACCAACCGAUCUUAAGCGGGAAGAGCUGAUCAAGGAACUCAGCCCCAUUGCUAAAGAACGAAAGGGUGUCGUUAACUUUGUCUGGAUUGAUGCGAUCAAAUUCGUUGAACACGCAAAAUCUCUUGGUCUCACAGAGGCUAAGUGGCCAAGCUUUGUGAUCCAAGAGAUCAAAAGUCAGCUCAAGUACCCAUUGGAUCAAUCCACUGAGGUCAAUUUCAAGACCGUCGGUGAAUUUGUCAAGAAUUUUGUUGCUGGCAAGUUACAGCCCAAGUUGAAGACCGAGCCUGUUCCCGAGGAGCAAACUGAGAAGUACUACAGUUGGGGACAACAAUUUCUUGCACGUUUUUUGUGACGAAAUAGUCGCGGG